UUUUAUUUAUUACUCUUAGUUCUUUUAUUAUCGUUGGGUUUUUCAACUAAACCCCUCCAUCCCCAUUUUUCCUCCACAAUUAGUCGUUAAAACUAAAAGUCAAGGGAAACACUACUCGACAGUUUUUUCCAGGCUUUGAAAUUUUCUUUAAUAGAAUUUCUUCUCUAACUCAUCUUCAUUUACCUCUUGUGUAUGUCUCUUUUCUUUCUUUUCUUUUUUUUUUUUUUUUUUUUUUUUUUGUUGCAAAUAUCAAUUUCCGGUAUUAAUAUAUAUUAUUCGUUUUCAAUGUCCUUGGAAUUGAACGAGUAAAUAAUUGAACUCUACAAAUUAUAUCGAAAGAGAGAGAGAGAUUUAAUCAAGUUUAUAGAGAAGUUUUCCAAGUUUGUGAAAAUCAGUGCCGAGAGAACUAUAUACGAAAUCAAAAUAAUCCUGAGGGAAUGACUCGACAACAAAGAUUUUCUGGAUGGUAUUAUAGUAAAAGCAUGUACGGUGUGAUUUGCACCAUUGCGUGCUUGGCAUCCGCGACGAGGGCCCAGCUCAAGUAUAAUCAAUCAAGAAGAUACUCUUGGGACAAUGUUGGGAAUUACUUAACCCGAGCGGGCGAUUUCUCAGAUAUCGACUUUGUGAAUCUGUUCCAAAUACUCGAUUUAGUUUCAAACUCAGAGGAGUUUCAACCACUCACAAUAUCAAUUGGUACAUUCGAUACCAAUUCUUAUCUAAUGGGACAAAUCUCUAAGUUCUUUGAACGUAAAUUAAUCACUUGUUAUCAAAUUGAUUUAAGAAACAAUUUAUCUUCGUUUAUAAUUGGCAAUUUUCAUCGUACAACUUGGAUUAUUCUUGCUGAAAAUCCACAAGUGUUAUUGAAUUUCAAUUCGAAAUUACUUUGGAACUCGAGAAAUAAAUUUCUCAUCCUUUUUCUUCAGAAUAAUAAUAAUAAUAAAGAUACAAUAGAGAAUUAUGAAAAAUUAUUUUCCAUUCAUUGGAAAAAUGAUGGAAUUUCGAAAAUUUUGAUUGGAGAUGCUAAGGAUCAUUUAUUCUAUUUUUAUCGUUAUCUUCCGUUUGAAAUAAAUUCUCAUGGGGAUUUUGGAAAAAUUCAAAGAAUUUUCAUUGAUAAGGAUAAUAUUGAGAUUUUUCUAAAUCAUAAGAAAAAUAAAAGAUUGGAAAAUAAUAAAAAGAAAAAUUGUUCAUUAAAAGAAUUGAAUAAAAUUUUUGAAGAUUUUAAAAAUUUAAAUAAUUAUCAAAUUAAUGUGACUAUUUUCAAAUCACAAAUGUUGAAUAUAGAAAAAAUUGGAAAUAAAACAAAUUUUUCGGGACUUGAUAUUAAUGUCAUGUUUCUUUUGAAAAAAUUAUUAAAUGCUGAUUUUCAAAUUAGUGUUCUUUCACCUAAUUAUAAAUUUGAUCCAUUUGAAAAUGGAUUAAAAAGAAUUGAAUCGAAUGAAGCUGAUCUUAUUAUGACAACAUAUUUUGUGAAAACUUAUGAUAAUUUUCAAUUUUUUGAUUUUACAUUUAGUGUACAUAUUGAUAAAGUUUGUUUUUUUGGCAAAGCCGCUGGCAAAGUACCAAAAUCUUUUAUGCCAUUUCUACCAAUUUCUCUUGAUUUUUGGCCUAUUUUUAUUAUUUAUAAUAUUUUAAUUAGUGCCCUUUGGAUUAAAUUCAAAUCAUUUAGUGAUAGAAUUCAUCAUAAAAAUAAUCAAAUUUCAUUAAUUGAAAAUAUUUAUUCUUCUUUGGAAAAUUCUAAAUUUGAGAAAAAUUUACAAAAUUAUCCACCAAAAAUUGAUUCACGUUUAGAAUAUUGUGGUGAAAUUACAAUUUUAACUUGUACACAUCUUCAUGGUGCUGAAACAACAGCGCAACGAUUUUUUCUCUCUGGUACAUUAAUUUUUACAAUUAUUAUAUUUGGUUUAUAUGAAAGUACAUUAUUGUCAUCAAUGAGAAAACCAUUUGAAUAUACAGAAUUAAAUACAUUAAAUGAUGUUCUUAAAACAAAUUAUCCAAUAUUGACGAAAUAUCAAAAUCUCAAAGAUAGUACUUAUGGUGAAUUGAAAAAUAGAGUUGUUGUUUUGGAAAAUGUUAAAACAUCAUUGAGAAAUAUUGUUGUGAAUAAUAAAAGUACUCUUGGAAUUAUGAGACUAUCGACGGCUGAUUUAGAGGAUCGUACAAAAUUUUAUGACGCCGAUGGAGAAUAUUUGUUACAUGUGAUUGACGAGUGUCCUGGGGUUUAUAGUUUGUCAUAUAUUGUCAAACGUUAUUCACCUUAUUUAGAGAGAAUCGAUAAAUUAUUGUCACAUAUGAGUGAGGGGGGAUUAUUUUUUAAAUGGUAUAAUGAUAUGCAUUAUCCAAUUUAUAAGGAGGAACAACAAAAAUUAGCUUCUAAACCAUUAAUAACUGUUUUGACAUUGGAACAUUAUUCUUUAAGUUUUUUUAUUCUUUUUGGAGCAUUUUUCUGUUGUACUUUUGUUCUUAUUGCUGAAAUAUUAUAUGCGAGAAGUGCAAGGAGAAUAAAUGUAAUAGAAAAAGAAAAUUGUGAAUUAAGAGAGGAAAAUUGAAAUUGAAAGAAAAAAAAUGGUUUAUUUUUUGAAUUUAAAAAUUAUUUUCUUUGUUAAAUCUAAAACAUUUUUUUAACUUUAAUUCCAUAAUAAAUGUAAUUAAAAUUUGUUUGAAAAUUUAUUUAAAAAUUAUUAAUUUAAUAUAAAAUAUAAUAGAAAAUAUUUAUUAACGAAUUUUUAUUAUUGAAAAAUUGAAGGAACAUUUUAUGUAUUUGGUUGAAUAUUAAAAAAAAAUUUUUUUUUUUUAUUUUAUUUUCACAGAAUUUCUUUUUUUUUUACAUGUUGUUGGAUGUAUUUUUAAGAAGUAAAAUUUUUGUGAA